AUGACCUAUUCAACUCAGACUUACCUUCGAAUUGGUCUGCUCUUCUUUUUACUUGCUCAUUCUCUCGCUCUCGAUCUCUCAAUCUCUCCUCAUCGUCAAGGCUUCUUCCAAAGUCAGGAGGGUCAAUUUUUGGCGAUUUAUGUACAGACGACUGCAGAUGAAGGUGGCCAACACUUCAGCACAUCGCGUCGUGGUACUCUCGGUUUUCGUUUUGGCUAUCCGGCCUAUCGUCAAUCGCGUCAGACACCAAUUAACUUGGUCAAGUCAACUCAUUUGCCCACCAGACAAGAAAUAAUUUAG